AUGCAAGCAGCGGCAGCGGCAGGAUCCGUGCUCAAGGGCGUCGCUGGUCUCACGCAGCCGCCUGCGACGACCGUUGCAUCGCCCGGCGGGAGCAAAUCGACGGUUGGAAGUGCAGCAUCUGCCAUCGCUGGCGCCGCAGGACCCGUUUCUGGUGCUGUCGCGACGUCAGGGAUCGGAUUCGGUGCUGCGAUCGGAUCUGCGCCGAGCCCCAUCCGCGGCUUCUCGUCCGGCUCUAACACGCAGCAAAUGACGGAGGAGGCUGCGGCUCGGGAGGAGGCGGCUGCGUCCGCCGAUGGCGCGGUAGCGGGUCUGGCGGUCGCCGCCAACGAGGGCGCGGCGGCGGAGGCCGAUGAGGAGAAGCCGCAGGAAAUCUUCCUCGCCAACUACAAGCCGCCUUCGUACCUCUUCGACAAGGUGUCGCUGGAUUUCGACCUGCAUGACGACUACACCCUCGUCAAGUCCGCCAUCACCGUUGUUGCGAAUGACAAGGCGGACAAGCCAGAAAAUGGGUCUGCGCCGCUCGUGUUGGACGGCCACGAUUUGGAGCUGGUGUCGCUGCAGAUCAACGGCGCUGAUGUGCUGGCGGAGGAGUAUGUGAAGACAGGCAAGAAGCUCACUCUGCUCGCCCCGCCUGCAUCGCCCUUCACCCUCGCCAUCGUCACUCGCAUCAACCCCGCUGCCAACACAUCCCUCGAGGGUCUGUACCGGUCGAGUGGCAACUUCUGCACGCAGUGCGAGGCGGAGGGCUUCCGGCGCAUCACGUACUACCAGGACCGCCCCGACGUCAUGUCCCGUUUCACCGUGCGCAUGGAGGCUGACCACAGCGCCUGCCCCGUGCUGCUCUCCAACGGUAACCAGAUCGACGCAGGCAUGCUGGGCCAAGGGGAGGGUGCGCGGCAUUAUGCGGUGUGGGAGGACCCGUGGCCGAAGCCGUGUUACCUGUUUGCGCUGGUGGCGGGGAAGCUGGUGUGCUGCGAGGAUAAGUUUGUGACGUGCGGCGGGAGGGAGGUGGCGCUGAGAAUUUGGGUGAAUGCGGGCGACGAGGGCCGCACGGCUCAUGCCAUGAAGUCGCUCAAGGAGUCGUUCCGGUGGGACGAGGAGGUGUUUGGCAGGGAGUACGAUCUUCACCUCUUCAACGUUGUUGCGGUGCCGGACUUCAACAUGGGGGCCAUGGAGAACAAGAGCCUCAACAUAUUCAACUCGCGGCUGGUGCUGGCGUCACCAGAGACAGCCACGGAUGGAGACUAUGCGGCCAUCGAGGGGGUUAUUGCCCACGAGUACUUCCACAACUGGACCGGCAACAGGGUGACAUGCCGCGACUGGUUCCAGCUGACACUUAAGGAGGGGCUCACUGUGUUCCGCGACCAGGAGUUCUCAUCGGACAUGAAUUGCCGUGCAGUGGAGCGGAUUGCCAACGUGGCAGUGCUGCGCGCCCGCCAGUUCUCCGAGGAUGCGGGCCCCAUGGCGCACCCGGUGCGCCCCAGCUCUUACAUCAAGAUGGACAACUUCUACACAGUUACCGUCUAUGAGAAGGGGGCGGAGGUGGUGAAGAUGUACCAGACGCUGCUGGGCAAAGAUGGCUUCAGGAAGGGCAUGGAUCUGUAUUUCGAGCGCCACGACGGGCAGGCAGUGACGUGUGAUGACUUCUUUGCCGCCAUGGCAGAUGCCAAUAACGACAAGCUCGAAGGCUUCAAGCCCUGGUUGUCCCAGGCAGGCACACCCGUGGUGACAGUGACAUCGUCGUACAACGAGAAGGAACACACCUUCACCCUGCACUGCAAGCAGGAAAUCCCAGCCACGCCCGGGCAGGACAACAAGCUGCCCAUGCUCAUUCCACUCGCCGUGGGGCUGGAGAUCCCAGCCACGCCCGGGCAGGACAGCAAGCUGCCCGUGCUCAUUCCACUCGCCGUGGGGCUGGUGGGGCCAGACGGCAAGGACAUGGCGCUGCUGCACGUGUUCGAUGGGGCGAGGCUCACUGACUUGGAUGGCCCCACCACCACCGUGCUGCGAUUCAACAAGGUCUGCAGGGAAGAGAGAGUAGGGGUGGGCAAGGGAAGAGGGGGAUUCAAAGAGACACAGGCAGAGCAGGAUUUCACCUUCACGGACGUGCCGCACCGCCCCGUGCCCUCGCUGCUCCGUGGCUUCAGUGCCCCCGUGCGCCUCAACGCUGACCUGUCGCAUGCCGAUUGGCUCUUCCUCCUCGCCAAUGACUCUGAUGAGUUCAACAGGUGGGAGGCAUGCCAGGUGCUGGCGCGCAAAAUGCUGCUGAGGAUGGUGGACGACUAUCGCAGUAACAAGCCGCUCCAUAUGGAGGAUGACUUCACUGACGCCCUCGCCAAGAUCCUGGAUGACACGUCACUGGACAAGAUGUUCAUCGCGCGGGUAAUCUCCCUGCCAGGCGAGAGUGAGAUUGCCGACCUCAUGACGCCGUAUGCCGACCCGGAUGCCGUGCAUGCCGUCCGCAAGUUCUGUGUUAAGCAGAUCGCCACCCGCCUGCGCCCCACACUCGAGGCUCUGGUGGAGAGCAACAGGGCGCCGGAAGGGGAGGCGUACAGCCCUGAGCACGCCAGCAUGGCACGCCGCUCGCUCAAAAACGCUGCUCUCUUGUACCUGGCAUCGCUGGACGACGAGGCCUCUGGUGCGCUCGCCCUGUCGGAGUUCCGGGCAGCGAGCAACAUGACGGACCAGUUCGCCGCCCUGGCCGCCCUCUGCCUGAACCCCGGCGCCGCCCGGGAGGAGGCGCUGCAGGCGUUCUACGAGCAGUGGAAGCACGACGGGCUGGUGAUGAACAAGUGGUUGUCACUGCAGGCAGCCUCGUCCAUCCCUGGCAACGUGGAGGCGGUGAAGAGGCUCAUGGAGCACCCUGCUUUCAUCAUCACGGAACCCAACAAGGUGUACUCGCUCAUCGGCGGUUUCACCUCAUCUGCGGUGAACCUGCACGCGGUGGACGGCAGUGGGUACCGCUUCCUGGCAGACGUGGUGUUGCAGCUCGACAAGAUCAACGCACAGGUGGCUGCCCGCAUGGUCUCUGCGUUCACUCGCUGGCGCCGCUACGACGAGGCCCGCCAGGCAUUGGCUAAGGUGGAGUUGGAGCGCAUCCUAGCAGCAGAGGGUCUCUCAGAGAAUGUCUACGAGAUCGUCUCCAAGAGCCUCUCUGCCCCUCCUGCCUCCUCCUAG